AUGUGUGCAACUAUCAGUGUCUUCGCAAUAUCGAUUUUACUCCUAAUUUUCAGUGACUCCCGCGCCAUCAAAGCAGACGUAAAUGAUGUUCACCCACUUCGCAUCCCUUUGGAAAAGAAAUUGUUCGUUAGAGGUGGCGAUGGGGUCUUUAAUAUGACUGCAGCUCAAUUAUCACAUGAUCAUACGCUUAGAAAAUAUCAGGGCUCUUGUGAAAAAUACAAACACGCUCGAAGCUUUUGGUCUAACCGAAGUAGCCUGUCUAAAUCGUCGAAGUCAAAUCGUCAGCACAGGCGUCAGAUCGAAAGGUUAACUAAUCAAGGCAAUCAGAUGUGGACUGGUCUCGUUAAAAUUGGAACCCCAAGUCAAACCUUCAGCAUAGAUUUCGACACGGGGUCAGGAGAUUUUUGGGUUCCGUCAAUUGAUUGCAAAGAUCAUCCAUGCGGCUCGAAGAAUAGCUAUAAUGCAUCGGCAAGCAGUACCUCUACACAACUUUCCGACUCGUUUAAGGUUAAUUAUGGGGACGGAUCAAGUACAUCUGGAAAUCAGUACAGAGACUCGGUCAAGUUAGCGGGAAUUACCAUCAUGAACCAGACCUUCGCCGGUGUAUCGAAAAUGAGUGACUCAUUUCAGCAAGAUCCAACUGAUGGGAUAUUGGGUCUCGCCUAUCCCGCAAUAUCACAUUUAAAGUCACCUUCGUUCAUCGAAAAUGCUUUUCAUCAGGGUUUGAUACCGUCCCAGACGUUUUCAUUCAAACUAGCCAACGAAGGUGGCGAGUUAUACUUGGGUGGAGUAAAUCCAUCCAGGUUUAUUGGGCAAUUGGAAUCGCAUCCAGUCAUUCGAAAGGCGUAUUGGCAGAUUGGUAACGGAAGUGUCGAUGUCAAUGGCAUCAACAUAAGUAAAAACGCCCAGAUGAUUAUUGAUAGUGGCACAACAAUCAUAUAUGGACCAAAACUGGACGUAGAGAAGCUGUACUCUUCGGUCAGCGGAGCGGAAAAAUACGAGAAGAGGGAUGGGCUUUGGAAGUUCCCUUGCACAAGCGCACCAUCGGUAUCCUUUAGCUGGAACGGUGGAAGCCAAUGGGCAAUAGACCCAAAGAGAAUUUCUCUAGGUAAAGUAGAGGUCAACUCAGCCGAGUGUAUCGGCGCUAUCUCCAGUCAAGCUGUUGGCUUGAAUGAUUCAUGGCUACUCGGUGAUACGUUCAUGUCUAAUGUUUACAGCGUCUUUGACCCUGUCGACGGUGGCACAGUUGCAUUCGCCAAACCGACAUAG